AUUACCACCAAGAUGGCCGACGCUAUGGAGGAAUAUGAGAAAGAAGCUGGCUGCGUCCCUAUUCUCCAUCCUGAGGUAUUACAUAUCAAAGGGAGCCAUUGUUGACCAGCUAGGAGGAGACCUCAACUCUACACCUUUGCACUGGGCCACAAGACAAGGCCAUCUAUCCAUGGUGGUGCAGCUUAUGAAAUAUGGUGCAGACCCAUCUUUGAUCGACGGAGAGGGCUGCAGCUGUGUGCAUCUGGCUGCUCAGUUUGGCCACACCUCCAUCGUGGCUUACCUCAUUGCUAAAGGACAGGAUGUUGACAUGAUGGAUCAGAACGGCAUGACUCCUCUUAUGUGGGCAGCUUACAGAACACACAGUGUGGAUCCGACUCGACUGCUGCUGACGUUCAACGUAUCCGUCAACCUGGGUGACAAAUAUCACAAGAACACAGCGCUGCACUGGGCCGUGCUGGCCGGGAACACCACCGUUAUCAGCCUGCUGCUGGAUGCCAACGCCAACGUCGACGCACAGAACAUCAAGGGCGAAACGCCGCUGGACCUCGCCAAGCAACGCAAGAAUGUCUGGAUGAUCAAUCACUUACAGGAAGCGCGGCAGGCCAAAGGUUACGACAGCCCGUCCUAUCUGAAGAGACUGAAGAUGGACAAGGAGUUCAGGCAGAAGGUGAUGCUGGGGACGCCUUUCCUGGUCAUCUGGCUCAUAGGUUUCAUCGCCGACCUGGACAUCGACUCGUGGCUUAUCAAGGGCGUCAUGUACACCGGUGUCUGGGUCACCGUGCAGUGUCUGUCCAAGGCUUUUUUUGACCACUCCAUGCACAGCGCCCUGCCUCUUGGAAUCUACUUGGCCACCAAGUUUUGGAUGUAUACCACCUGGUUUUACUGGUUCUGGAAUGAUCUGUCGUUUUCUACCGUCCACCUUCCUUUCCUGAUCAACACUCUGGCUUUGUUCUACAACUUUGGCAAAUCCUGGAAGUCUGACCCGGGAAUCAUUAAAGCAUCAGAGGAACAAAAGAAAAAGACUAUUGUGGAGCUGGCUGAGACGGGCAGUCUGGACUUGAGCAUAUUCUGCAGCACCUGCUUGAUACGGAAGCCCAUUCGGUCCAAACACUGCGCCGUGUGCAACCGCUGCAUCGCCAAGUUUGACCACCACUGUCCUUGGGUGGGGAACUGCGUGGGAAGUGGGAAUCAUCGCUACUUCAUGGGCUAUCUGUUCUUUCUGCUCUGCAUGAUCUGCUGGAUGAUGUACGGCUGCAUCUCCUACUGGAGGAUCCACUGUGCCACCAGCUACACGAAGGAUGGAUUUUGGCUCUACCUGACCCAGAUCGCCUCCUGCUCACCCUGGAUCUUCUGGAUGUUCAUCAAUAGUGUCUUCCACUUCAUGUGGGUGGCGGUGCUCAUCAUGUGUCAGCUCUACCAGAUCGCUGCUCUGGGAAUCACCACUAAUGAGAGGAUGAAUGCUCGGAGGUACAAGCACUUUAAAGUGACGGCCACGUCCAUCGAGAGUCCCUUCAACCAUGGCUGUGUCAGAAACCUAAUCGAUUUCUUCGAGAUCCGUUGCUGCGGCCUCAUCCGGCCCGUGGCAGUGGACUGGACCACGCAGUACACAAUAGAAUACGACCAGACAUCCGGCUCAGGCUACCAGCUGGUGUAGAGGGGGAUAACGAGAGAGCGGUGGGGGGAGUGGAGUGUCUGGAAGGUCUCCCCCUCUGGCGUUCAUAUCGGAGCGAUGCUGUUCUUGGGAGCGCUUUUUAAUGUAGUUUUUUUUAUGAUUUUGGACCACCUCUCCCUCACCGAUCAGAACCCUUUGGGUCAGGAAGCAUGCAGCUAACAGGGCAACACCAUCACCCCCAUACACCUCCUACUAUUACUGCUACUGUCAUUACCCUGCAUCGAGCUUCCACCGCCUCUCCUCUCCCGCUGGACGGACUGCUGCUGCCAAACACAAGCGGAGUGGGGAGAGUCCAACGGAUGGGAGGAACGAUGUAAUGAAAGUACCGACGAUACUGAAGCGCAUCACCAAGGAGACGUAACACCCCCCACCCCAUUCAUAUCUUAUUUAUACGACGUCUAUGUGGCCCUGGAUGGUUUCGAAACCGUUGAGCUGUCUGAUGAGGAGUCAGGAACACUAAAGAAAGGCUUUUAGCUCCACAGCUUCCUGCGACAGAAAUGAGGGAAUGUCUUUUAAAGGUUUAGUUUUUUUGUUUUUUUGCACCGUGCUGAGUUUUGAGCUGAACUCAUCAGGAAAGUGUUAGAUGAGAGGUGGGACUGGUGGAGGAACCCAACUUCUCCACCCUGCUGCUGAAUGAAAGCUGCCUCUACUGUUAUUAUUUUAUUUUUUUUACUUCUUUUUCGUGCAAAUAAUCUAAAAGCAGCUGUUGUGCAACGUGGACGCAGGAAUAACUGGGAGUCCUUCAGCAGUCGCCACUCAACACAGCAUCCUACAGACAAUGUGACACAAGUAUAUUUAUUUAAAAUCUAUUUGUAGAUAAAUGUUCUAGCGCAAUCAUUUGUACGUUUGACAUCAUUUUAGCGGGACAGGAUUUUAUGAGGAGGAUGAUGAAGUAGGAGUAAAGCUCCGUGGGGCCGGAACAGGGAGCGUAUUUAUUAACAGGAAGAGAAAGAAGACGAGUUUACGUGGAAGCUUCGCUCAACGUUUCCCUCUUGAAGCUGUAAAAUGUGUCUUGCCUCUUUUGUCUACCUGCAACAUUGCACUGAUUUUUUUGGUUUGUUUUUGUUUUAUGGCCAUUACUGGACAGCAGCUGCGCCUCACACCAACAUUUCCAUUGUUUGCAGAGGAAAGGGGAGGGGCUUGUGAGACACACCCACCCCCAGAGUUCCCUGCAUGGACCGGUCGACGCAGCAGGACUGAGAUGGAAAGAAUGUGCAUUUGUACAUAAACACUCGAUUUUCUCCUUUUCGUCUGUGUUAGUCGAAGGUGCUCCUGGACUGUUCUUCUUUUCCAUUUGAGUUGGGGUGGGUGGGGGUUCCCUUCAACCACACAGAAAGGAGAAAGACUCUAAUCAUGUAUGACUGUAGCUUUUAGUGAUGUCCCACACUGCUGUUUAUACGCAUUUUAACCCCUGAACUCUCCUCUGCAUGUACGAUGCUCGGGACCGCUCGCCAUCCCCGUCAUGGUCACCACGGUGACGGCCUGGCAAGCCACGUGUCUGUAUAUAGUGAAUGUUAAGUAUUUGCAAGUACAUUUCUGCAUCAUUCAUGUCCAUCUGUUUUUGGUUUGUUUGUUAUUGUUUUUUAGGUUUUUCAAAUCCAGCGUGUUUAGUGGAAGUUGUCCUCCAGGCUGCCAGAUUCUCAUUUCCUGUGCAAGUGUGUAAUAUAGCUGAAUGUUUCAUGCCUAUGGACCUUUUUUAUGUUCUGCAUAGCUGGGUUUGUUAUACCACUGGAUGUACAAAUUGUAAAGCAAAGAUCCAAAACAAAUCUAAGGCAGAUUGUUUUUUUUCCUUUUUCUAAAAGCAGAAAUGUGUUCAUGCAAUAGUUUUAAGGAUAGAAGGAGGUUAUAUUAUACAAAGGCCUCUGAAAAUGUUUGAGCCUCGUGUUUGCAUCAUCAGAAGGAGACGGUUCUGUCAUCAUUCUGCAUUUCAAAGCUCCCAUCUAACUGAACGCUGUCCCACUCGUGACUCGGCUUCAUUUCAUAUCUGGAGCUUCUAAUAGCACCUUCUGAGUGAGCAUCGUUCAUGGCUGGCUGGUGUUUUUGCUUUCCGGGGUAGAGUUCAUCACUUCAGGCUCGUCCGGGAUUACGUUUCCACACUAGCUCUUCCAGCAGUCUGAAAGGUCUUUAUUCUGUCCUUGCUCUCAUCUCACCACCUGGAAUAAUAGUAAAAAAAGUAAUAAUAAAGCACAUAAUCAUCUCCAGUGCCUCUCUGCCCACCUUCAGACACCACUGUAACUCCGCUUCAGAUGUAAACAUACGGGCAUGGUUCAGUUUUAAUGGCUUUAAUAAUAAAAUAGUCAAAUGUGAA